GCGGGCAAACUGGGGCCAGUUUAGGGCCAGGUGAACGCGGAAGUAGAGGACGUGAGGGUGUGCUGGCUGCUCCGACUGUGGUGGGGCGACUGGUGCGAGAUGGAAGAGGGCGCAGCUGCGGAUGAUGGUCGGGACGGUCCCCGGGAGCGGCUAGGCUUGGGUGAAGCUGGGAGACAGCAGCAGAACCACGAAGUGCGGUCUCAAUCCCAGGCCGACCGGUUUCCAAAGCAUUCCUACUGGUUGGAUCUCUGGCUCUUCAUCCUCUUGGAUGUAGUGUUGUUUAUCUUCGUGUAUCUUUUACCAUGAAUGGUUUGCCUGAUGUCUAGAUUAAGAAGUUGGCUCCUGGAGUGGAUUCUGAAAAUGACUACAAACUUCUUGAACAUAGAAGACAGGAUUGUGCAACAGAAUUUUAAACUCUGAGGGACUUUCUUUCAUUUUACAUACUCUUGUUAUUCCUUUUGGGGACUAUAUUAAAUGGGUAAUCUCACCCAUUCAUAGCUUAAGUUCUUAAAACUACUCUUUGAUUCAUGUUUAAAAACUUUUCAGACAUCUGAUGGCUUUACAGGGGCUGCAUAUUAAAGCAUUUAUACGUAAA